AUGCCGACCGCCCAAUUAAAAAGUUUGAGAGCCAUCGCUGCCAGUCGUCUGCGACGUCAAGACGGGCUUCAUCCCCUGACCUUUUCGACAGCAACACGUACGAAAACCGCGACAUCCAGAAUCCAGGUCCAGAUACCACCCGGCACGCUGCCUAAGAACUAUGACCUUAUCGUCGUGGGCUACGGAAUUGCUGGAGCCAGUGCUGCCAUUUCUGCUGCAGAGAAAGGCGCGUCAGUGCUCGUCCUGGAUCGCGGUCACGGUGGAGGCUCAUCUGCGCUCUCCGGGGGCGUGUUCUACGCCGGGGGUGGAACACCCUAUCAGAAGGCUGCUGGUUACGAUGAGACGUCCGAGAAUAUGUUCAACUACCUAAAAGAAGAGGUGGACGGUGUGAUCGAUGACACAACAUUGAAAAGAUUCUGUGAAGGGAGUCCGGCGAGAGUUGCGUGGCUCGAAAAGCAUGGCGCCACCUUCGGCUCAUCUCUCUGCGAUUACAAGACGUCGUUUCCGACGGACAGGCAUUACUUGUACUUCUCAGGUAACGAAAAAGCCCAUCUGUUCAACUUGAGAGCAAAUCCAGCUCCGCGUGGCCAUCGUCAACUUGGCAAGGGUAUGGCCGGCGGCGUACUAUGGAGAAGCCUGAGAGAUUCAGCGCAGGCGCUCGGGGUCACGUUCCAACCACUCAGUCGUGUCGACCACCUCAUUGUGGACGACGACGGGAGAAUAGGCGGCGUCCGCUAUACUACAAUGUUGGAGCGUGGUUGGCGUUUCAGACUCCAUCGCCUGAUCGCGGAUUGGGGCAAGACGCUAUUCAUGUUGUCGCCCCCGACAGGAAGGAUUGUCAACGGCGUAGCAGACGUCAUAUGGCGGCGGUCUGCAGAGACGAAAGUUGCAACAUCUCAGGCAGGUGUGGUGAUCUCUUCCGGCGGGUUUGCAGCAAAUCUGGACAUGGUUCGAGAACAUCUUCCUCAGUUCGUGCUCACGAGCCCUCUUGGAACAGAAGGCGACGAUGGCGCUGGCAUCUGCCUCGGAGAGAGCGUUGGCGGCUCCGUUGGCUGCAUGGAUCGCGUGAAUGUUUCAAGAUUCAUUGCCCCCCCUUCUGCGUUUCUCCAGGGGAUCGCUGUGUCCGUAGACGGACGACGGAUUUUGAACGAAGACGUCUACGGCUCAACGUUUACAAGCAGAAUGAUUCGCAACUUCGAUGGCCGCGGGUUUCUAAUUGUCGACGACGAAACGUGGAAGAGAGCGAGGGCACAAGUCAAGAGCGAAUCGCAAUUGUUCCAGCUCGCACAGUCCCUCUAUAUCUUCUCCAUUGGACACCGAAAGGCCAAGACACUCGAAGAGCUGGCCACUAAGCUCGGUAUAUCACGAAACGGUUUGGUGAAGACCGUAAAGGCAUACAAUGAUGCCAUUACAGCCGGGGUUGAUGAUCCGGCACGGAAGGCGAAGGAACAGUGCAAACCGAUCCAGCGCGGCCCGUUUUACGGGGUCGACCUCUCUCUCCGCAAGUCGCUAAUAUAUCCCAUCCCAGCUUUUACAUUAGGUGGACUGAAAGUUGAUGGCAGUUCCGGCCUUGUUCUGAACAAGGCUGGCCAAGAGAUUCAAGGACUCUACGCCGCGGGUCGAAGCGCCGUUGGAAUCUGCUCCAAUUCCUACGUUAGUGGCCUUUCACUCGCAGAUGGCGUGUUCUCUGGUCAUCGGGCCGGAGUGCACGCUGCAUCAUGCCUGCCGCAGAUACCAGAAACGCGAGCGGGUGGGUGA